UAAGAAACAAGUAUUUCGCUUUAUCACUUCGUCGUGUUAGGGGAAUCCCCUUUUUUCUACAUUUCAACUCUGUUCAGCAAAUAGCCACGUAUGGCUUCAAAGCUGAUGCAAUAAUUCACAUUCACACAGUUUUUUUCUGGAGCCCAAACGAUAAGGUUCGCCUUGAUAAAGUUCUGUGCACAAGAAAAAGCAAAAAGAUGCUCAAGCUAAGUAUGAUGGAUUUGUUUGAGCGGGUUGAUGGGCGUGUUGCUCAUGAAGUCGCAAAAGGAUAUGCCGCACCUAAGACGCGUUUGAAGAAUCGCGGUUUUCCGUGUACCACGAUUUCCGGUAAGAAUCCCAGAAAGGGGUUUGAAGGAUAUGCCCGAACGGCACUACGGACAAACUAUGAUUCCACUAGGAAGGACAUCUACGCUCUUGAUUGUGAAAUGUGCAUUACUACGGCGGGGAAUGAGCUCACGCGGGUCAGUGUCGUGAACAUGGAUGAGGAGGUGGUGCUGGAUAUUCUUGUGAAGCCCAACAAUCCAAUAAUUGACUACAAUACCAAGUAUUCCGGGAUAACUGAAGGAAUGUUGGCCAAAGCUACGGAUAAUUUGGCUUCCGUUCAAGAUAAACUACUUUCAUUGUUCCACUCUCAGACCAUUAUUGUUGGACAUGGGCUUGUUCAUGAUAUGCUUGCCCUAAAAAUUAUUCAUGGCUUGUUCAUAGACACCGAAUUCAUCUACACCUCCUGGGCAGGACCUCGAUCACUGAAGGAUAUUUGUAAGGCCAAACUAAAGAAGGUCAUUCAAGUGAAUGAAGGUGGGCACGAUAGUGUUGAAGAUGCUGUAGCAUCAAUGAAGAUGUUCAAGUAUUUCAUGAGCAGGAUUAAGCGCCGUAGGCGAAUAAUAGAGGAGAUCUAAAACAAGAGAGGCAAAGAUUUCCCUGUAAAAAAUUCUUAAAUCAUGUAAAUCUUACUUGAAGUUAAUUCUAAAGUUGAUUUUUUGUAUUGAAGAAUUUAAUAAAGAAAAUAAAGCUCUGUGGCUAA